GCGAGAUUUAUCACGUGGUCUGAAUACUGCAAUGUUAGUGGCUACGCUAUCGUUUAUCUUCAUCCGCGUAUUUUGAUUCUGUAAAAUUCGGCAAAGUAAAGGCAAGGAAAAUUGGAAAGCAUGCCUGUACAUCAGAUUCAGUACUCGGACCGCUACAAUGACGGCAAGUUUGAAUAUAGGCACGUGAUUCUACCUCCGGAUAUCGCCAAACUUGUUCCAAAAUCUCACCUGAUGUCCGAGACAGAGUGGAGAAAGAUUGGAGUGCAGCAGUCCCCUGGCUGGAUACAUUACAUGAUCCACGAACCAGAGCCUCACAUCCUGCUAUAUAAACGUCAACUACCAUCCCAGAGUGGCAGCACAGCAAGCAGCGUGACACAACACACUGCAAUCCCCUGCUUGUAGUGAUGAUCAUAGCUGGCUAAGAUGUGUGAUUAUAUCUUGGAAGAUGUGCGAUGUAAUGCCAUACCACUUGUAUAGAUCCAUGCUCACAUGUUGUACAGUUCGCUGUGUGUUGUAGUGGGAAGCACAAUUUUGAAUAUAUGUUUACUAGAUCCUAUGAUAUAUAGUAUGUAAAUGAACACUAGGAGGUAGAAAUCAGCCUAAUUGAAAUUCCACUGUUCUUCGAUAGGUCGUUCGGGAAUAUAUGUUGAUAGAUAUUAGCAUUUUUCUUUUAAACAAUUAUAUCUUGUGUACUUUUUCAUUCGUAAUUGUUGUUCGAGUUUUAAAGGCCGGUUCUUUUGUAUGUUCUCGUCUUAAUAUUUAUACACGUAGUUCUUAUUUCUUUCCACUGAGCUGCUGUAUGGUAAAGUGCUACCUAGGAUAUUUCUGAUUUCAUGUUGUCAUGUGAGGCUGAACUACGAUGCUCUAACAAAUUUGAUAAUGUAAAAACGUUUACAUUUCUUUUACAAACCGAAUUCGUGUUUGUGGUGUUUGGUAUUUCAUGAUCCUUCAUAGCUGUUGUAUGUAAAUAGGAAGGAAACUUGAAAAAGCAACUUAGGAUACGAUGUGAGGUUUCUCGUAUGAGAUACUUAAAAAAUACUCGGCUGCGACCAAAUACGCGAAAUAUAUAAGAAAUAAGAAAUUGGUCUUAAUAAGGUGACUAGGUAGUGGGUACAGAAAAUAGAUCAACUGGAUAAUAUGUAUUUUUUAUUUAAUUUGUGCACUCAUGUCGUUUGCCUUUCCUGGUAUUGCAUUUAUUGCCAUUUGUAAACAAAAUGUAAUAAACGGUUUUUAAGUAGCCUAUACAUCAAGCUGA